AUGACGCCGCCGCUCCGUCAUGCUACACGGUUUGCCGUGUAUGGUGUGCCUAUGGACUUGCUGUCCAAAUCACUGCAGCGCACACCGCAGCCGAUUACGAUUCCAUAUCUGCUGGCCCAUGGCGGUCAGCCAGGAAAGCCACCGACCGCCGAUGAACUCUUACGAUCGGCCAAAUACACGCAACAAGAACUGCCUGUGCGUCUAGCACGACGUGUGCGUCAGUUUUAUUCGCUUCCUUUUAUUGUAGGAACGAACCCAUAUAUCCAGGAGGUGGCACGAUUGUAUGCGUCCUCCUUUGCCCAGCUAGCUAGUAUGCCGCCCAUUCAAACGCUGGAAGACAACCAAACAUUCACAAAAAACCUGCGUAAACUCGUACAGGACCAUACGGAGAAUGUGCCUACGCUAGCGCGCGGGUUCUUGGAAUGUCGUGAGUACAUGGAUGCAGCGCAAGUAUCCAAAUUCCUGGACGUCGCGUUGCAUAGUCGUAUCGGUAUUCGAAUUAUUGCAGAGCAGCACUUGGCGCUGACGGCAAGCUCGGAUCUGGAGAACGGCACAGAUGCAGUACAAUCGCCUACGUCUGUGGGCAUCAUUGAUACAGAAAUGUCACCUCUCCGCAUUAUUGAACACAGCUGUGAGUACGUGCAAGCCCUUUGUGAGUCGACGUUUGAUAUUGCGCCCAGCGUUUCGUUUGAAGGCGACUUGGAUGUGAAGACGGUGGGUAUUCCUGUGCAUUUGGAAUAUGUUAUGACCGAGUUGCUUAAGAACUCGUUCCGUGCGACCACAGAGGCCUACCUGAAGCGGAAGAAGGCAGGGACUGCGACAGGCGGUCCACCUCCCAUUGUGAUUACACUGGCCAACGCACCGUCGCAUACGAGUGUGCGUAUCCGAGAUGAAGGCGGUGGGAUCCGGCCGGAAAAUAUGUCCAAGAUCUUUAGCUAUGCAUUUACGACGGCCAAUGCGCAAACAGGCGCAGAGGCAGCUGAUGAGUCUAACGAUAUUAUGGCGCAUGCAAUGCAGAGCAGUAUGGGAACAUUGGCAGGUCUAGGCUAUGGUCUGCCACUCUCGCGGCUGUACCUUGGCUAUUUCGGUGACAACAACCUGGAUAUCGUGAGUCUUUGGGGACAUGUAUGGCUGUGA